GAGCCAAUCACAAACCAGGGCUCCAUAUUGAACCGUUGUUUUGAUCCGAACAUUCGCUCUUUUACUACAGUUUAUUUAUUUUUAUUUUUUAUUUUUUCAAUUAAAGAAGCCAUAGCUUGAAUAAGAAGACAACUGAAUCCAUUCUCACACGGGAACAAUGAGGCUAACGGAUAUCAGAAAGUUAAAAGUGGCGGAGCUGCGCUCCAGACUUAAAGAACUUGGGCUGGACAGUAGAGGACUGAAGGCUGAGCUGGUAGACAGGCUGUGGUCUGCUUUGGAGAGAGGACUGAGUGGGAAAGACGGUGAAACAGGGGUAAAACUAGAACAUGACGGCUCACCGACACCUUCAGCACCGACGGAUACAACGGAGGUCGUCGCACCGUCCUCAUCACCACCGACAGAAGCGGGAAUUAUUGCGCCAUGUAGCCUAGACAGCACCAGAGAGUAUAAAGACACCGGUACACAGACUGAGACUGGUGCCGGUGUAACAGCACUACAACACGGCUCUGAGUUGGUUUCAGAGUCCGUUACGGGAUGCCAGGCUGAGGAAGGAGAGGUGGAUGGUCCCGGAGAGGACAGGAGAGCUCUGUCAUCAGAGGAGACGGGCAGGGGAAGAGCUUUCUACGAGUUCAAAGAGGAGAUACGAUACAAAAGAGCCAAAUCACCACAGCCUCCAGUGGAUAGAGAGGAGGCAGAGGAGAACAAUGAAGAUAAAGUGAGAGUAGAUCCAUAUGACAGUCACCUCCAUUUUGAGGUGGGUCCUGAUGGAUCCGGUGGGCAGCCACGGUUCUGGGCUCAGUUCCCCUCACUGUGGUCAGGCUCCAGGCUCACUCACGGGGUGCUGCAGGGCAGGGUGGGCUUUGAGGUGAGGCUGGAGAGGAAGUUGUUGACUAAACAGCUGGAGGAACAAGAGUUCAUGGAGCCCUAUGGUCUGAGGGUAGGCUGGUCAGUGGCUAACACCUCUCUGCUGCUGGGGGAGGAUGAACUCUCUUUUGCUUAUGAUGGGCGCAGUAAAAAAGUGUCAGGUGGAAAGGAAGAGGAGUUUGGAGAACCUUUCUCAGAGGGGGAUAUCAUUGGCUGUUACGCUUCUUUCUCCGCAGGCGCUGCCAUUCAACUCUCUUUCCAUAAGAACGGUCGUUUCAUGGGUGUGGCCUUUUCCCUGGGUGCCUCUGUGCUGCAGGGUGUUCCUCUUUUCCCUCACGUCCUCUGUAAAAGCUGUUCAGUCAGAUUCCUCCUGGACCCCACAACUCCUCCCUGGUACCCUGGCCCUCCAGGUUUUACACCGCUGGCAGCUCUCCCUGCUGGGCAGAGGGUGCGCUCUACAUUUGCCCCUUCUUCCAGAGCACAGUGUGAGGUGUUGUUGAUGGUGGGUCUUCCUGGUUCUGGGAAGAGCCACUGGGCCAAGACUCACAUGAAGAAGCAUCCAGAGAAACAGUACAAGCUGCUGGGCACAGAGGAGCUGCUCGCAUGUAUGGUGAGUGGAGGACAGAGCAGCAGGCUGCAGCAGGCCUCUCAGUGUCUAACUGAUUUAAUCAAGAUGGCUGCUCAGACUCCUGGCAACUACAUCCUUGACCAGUGCAACAUCCUCUUCUCGGCACGCCGUCACAAGCUGCAACUGUUCGCAGGCUUCAGGCGGCGUGUGGUGGUGGUUUUUCCAUCUGCCGACGAGUGGAAAAGACGACUGUUGCAGCACCAGACGAGUGACGGGGAGCAGAUCCCAGAAACCGCCCUGCUCAAACUCCAAGUGAGCUGCAGUCUUCCAGAGCAGCAGACUGACCUGCUGGAGGAGCUGCAGUAUGUUGAGCUGCCUCAGGAACGGGCGCAGACGCUCCUGCAGGAGUACAAAGACUGUGCUCGCAGAUUGCUGCCACCCAUCCCCAAACAGGACAGGAAGAAAGCCCGACUUCACAAGAAAAGACCCCACCCUCAAGGCCCUCCGCCAUCACAUAGGAUCAAGUGGACUGGGAUAAAUGGGUGGAACGACCCAAGACUCAACAUCCAUUCAUGGAGCCAGCACCCAAGAUAUUGGAACGUCGCUUAUCAGGACCCGAGCUACAACUACAACAGAGACUUUGGUUACAGUGGUUAUGAGGGUUACUGGUGAAGAAACCGAUGCUGCUGCAUUACCUGUGUUUACAAGGAAAAUAGGUCUUUUGAUCAGUCAUUUAAUUAAAAAAAAAAAAAAAAAAAAAAGA